AUGGUAGCGCCAACACGGUCACAGAUCAAGAUCAAAGCUUUGCAGCGGUUAACUAAAGAGCAUGAGCUCUAUCUGAAAGAAGAGGUUGAGAUUAUGGCUCGUUUGAAGAGCCUGAAGGAGAACAAUGGCGACGAGUACGAGAUCAAGAAGAUCCAGCAGGUUCUCGACGAAACACGGCGGGUGGUGCCCAAUGUGCGCAAGCGGUUGGAGAAUGAGGUUGAAGAAACCCAAAGGCUUCAGGUUGCCGAUGAGGACAGGGCCGAACUCGACGAGGCGGUUGCUAAAGCUCAAGCGUACUUGACAGCUCAUUAG